GAAAAUGGAUUGGAUCAGUAGUCUACCUGAUGACAUCAUUUACCACAUCUUGUCCUUUCACUCGACAAAGGAAGCUGCUUUAACAUCUGUUCUAUCAAAGAGAUGGCGAAAUCUGUUUGCCUUGUUACCAAAUCUUCGAUUUGAAGAAAAAGAUUUUGACUAUCGAGAUUCUGAUUUUGGUAUUCCAUGGAGUUUCAUAGAUUUCUUGGAAAGAGUAUUGGCUGUGUCAGGCAACUCCCCACUAAAGAAAUUCUCUCUGAAAUAUCGACAGAAUGUUGUUGACUCAGCUCUUAUCAACCCUUGGAUACGUAAUGUGCUAAGUCGUGGUGUCUUGGAUCUUCUUCAUAUUGACAUAAUCACUAAAAGUGAGUUUUCACUGCCUUUAGAGGUCUUCUCUUGCAAGACACUUGUUAAACUGAAACUAGGAAUAGGGUUUGUUAUUGCUAUGGUUCCUGAGAAUGCUUCUCUUCCAGCUCUUAAGACUCUUUUUCUUGAUUGUGUUCGAUUCUAUGAUCAUCAGCAUGGUUGUUCGUUUGAAGCACUUGUUUCUGCUUGCCAUGUUCUUGAGGAAAUAUCAAUAGUUGGUGAGCAUUGGGAACAUUGGAAAUGGUGUCGCACCGUGACAUCCCCUACCCUUCAGAGACUUACCAUUGACUGUGAAGUCUCUAAUGAUUCUAUUAGGUCUGAUUUCAGGAGCAUUACUUUUGAUACUCCGAGUCUUGUCUACUUAAAGUACUCUGGUUUUGUUUCGGAUAAGCAUCCAUUUGUUAACCUUGACGCCCUUUUCGAAGUUAAGCUCACUCUUGCUUUGAGAAAAAUUCCACACAAUGGCAACCCAACGAAUCUUAUCAAAGGGUUAAGAAAUGUUGAGAUCAUGGACUUGUCUUCUCAUGAAACCUUGAAGAUUUUGUAUUCCUUCCGUGAAGCAAUCCCCGUGUUUGAGAACCUGUCUCGUCUAUCUAUUGCAACUAAGUUGGGAUCAUGCUGGAAACUUGUGCCAUUACUGCUUAAAAGAUCUCCAAAUCUAGAGACUCUAGUCAUCAAAGGACCCUUGCACUACAAAGGACGUGGACAAGGAAUAGAGUCUGUUUGCCAGUGCUUGUCUGGAUAUUAUUUUUUUUAUUGUCGUGUCCUGUGAAAGUCCUAGAGAUAACCAAAUUCCUAGGAACUAAAGGAGAGUUGGAGCAAAUGAAACAUCUCCUGGAGAAAUUGCCAUGUCUUGAGCUUGUCAAAGUUCUUGCUUAUGCAACAGACGAAGAAGCAAAGUUGAAACUCGCUAUAGAUCUGCUAAUGCUUCUAAGACCUUGCAAGAUCCAGCUAGCUCAAGUUUUUUUCCUGCUAAAUUAAGUUAUGCAUGUAGUGAAUUUUGGUCCCUCUCUAGUUGCUUAAGUUUCUUUAACCUGAAUUUGUUGAUUUAUACUCUUUUGUCUACAAUUUACUUUGGGAUCCUAGACUUAUCCACUCUUGAAACCUUAUAUACUCUACUCUCUGUUUCGUUUUAAUAUUAACGAUAGUUUGCCCAAAAAAAAAAGCUAAUU